AUGCUGAGAGUUCAAGGGGGAAGUGUUAGCAUGGUGGAAAUAGAGCAUUGCCUACUAGUAAAUACUCUUCUUGACUUCUCCAAUCAACGAUUUGUUAUCCUCUUUGAAUCAUGUAUCUAUCUCUUCAAUUUCUCUACCAUUUAAUCUUAUAACUCUUUCAAAAACUUUGUAGAACCCUUUGAUUUAUCUGGCCUGGUAGGCCAUGGACGGUAUUGCCAUGAAAUUAGUCUCACCAUCACAAUCCAACAAUGGAGAAAAGGAGCUCAAUGGUUCAAAAUGGAUCGAGAUGUCGCUGUUGAGGUUAUCUCAGACACAAAAUAUUUUUCACUAUUUCGAAAGCAUUGCAAGAGUUCAUGUCGUGCCGAUGAGCAUUACUUGCCAACGUUUGUGAGUAUAAAAUUUUCGGAGAGGAAUUCAAAUAGAAGUUUGACAUGGGUUGACUGGUCAAAGGGAGGUUUACACCCAGCUAAGUUUGUGAGAACAGGUGUGACUAUUGAGAUUUUGGAGAAAUUGAGGAGUGGAAGGAUAUGUGAGUACAAUGGGAAUAUCACCAAUGUUUGCUUCUUAUUUCCAAGGAAACUCACACCUAUUGCUUUGGAUAGGUUGAUGAGUAUAUCCAAAUCCAUAAUAGUUGAACCCAAGAGACUUGUUAUGUUGGGUUGGUUACCGAGAAGAGAAUCAGAAUUAGCUAUAUGGAAAAGUUUUGCGGUUAUCACUGUAAAGUUUGAUAUCCAACAGAUUAAAAACACUCAAACUAGUCCAGAUUUUGGAGGGCUUCCAAUUGCAAAUAAGAAAAGCUUUACAGAGAACAAACCUUUUGACAAAGUUUUUCUUCAAUUAAUUCCAAUGGCGCAUAAUGAAGACUUGUCACAUUCUGCUAUCGAUGGGCAAACCCCAGAAGGGGGCGGGAGGCGUAAAGGUUUGCCUUUUGUCCUGCCCAUGGCAGAAUUGGAUCCCCAACAACGAAACCCACAGAGAGAUGCUUGA